UCCAAUAUCGACGGUCAGGAUCGCUGGGGCUGAAUUAUUAGGGUUCUUGGAUGAGGAGCGUUGCCCAGUGGAGGAGCCGCAUCGCCAGCAGCGCGAGAUCAUCUGCAUUGCCGACGCCCUGGCGAUCGGGCGCGUCGGCGGUGGCGUGGGAGAGCACAUCGAGCGAUUCCGGGGAGAAAUCUGGUGAGAAAUCUGGCGAUGAGGAGGAAGGAGGAGAAGGAGAGGGAAAAGAGGGCAAGGGGCGCAAGAUUCCAUACUACAGGGACGUGGAAUUCCACAAGAAGGCGUGGGACAAGAGGAUGAAGCGCUGGGGCGAGGCAGAGGGCGCGGGCAAUUCGGUCUACACGUUUGGGAAGCCCGAGCCCGAUUACACGGCAUGCCUGCUAUCGGAUGCAAGCAAGGAGAAGAUGUAUCAGAUGCACAAGGAGAAUCCAGAGGUGAAUUCGGUGGACAAGCUCGCGGCCGAGUAUCGCAUCCGGAAGCAGCGCGUUCAUGCCAUUCUCUGGCUCAAGGAGCUCGAGAAGGAAGAGGAGGCGAGGCUUGGCCAUCCUCUGGAUGAUAGCGUGGAGAAGUUCUACGAGAACAUGUAUGGGACUGUGCAGAAGGCACAGAAAGGCGAGAGGCACACGACGGACAUCGAGAUUGGUCCCGACGGCUGGGAAGGCAAGUCCCAAGACCAGGCAUUGAGAGAACAAUCCGAGAAGGAGGAGCGAAUUCUGGUGGAAGAAUUCGAACGGAGGAUGGAGUUUAACAAAAAGCAGAUUUAUGGCUUCGUCAAGACUCACAUCAUGAGCCGGAGGAGGCCGAUCGAUGGCUGGAGCUACAUGGUCGAAGAUCUGGGCCUGGAAUCCAAGAGGGGAAGAAGUGGUGGAAUCCGGAGUGUGACGGAGCCCGACGGUACCAGGAGAACUUUAAACGAGGAGGAAAGAAUGUGGACGAAGCGUGAGAGAGUCGUGGCUAGGCGGAAACCAUAGCUCUAGAGUUCCUUGGAUCAUCUUCGUCAAGUUUGGAUGUUCUUCCAGAAAAUCUUUCUCUACUCCAGUGAUCCUUGCGAUUGAUCGCGUUGUUCCAGAAAAAUCAAGCGAGAGCGAGGAUGUUUAGGUGAAGCUAGAUUUUUUCUUUAAUGUGAGAAGGGUCAAGUGAAAAUACUAAGAAAUAUUCCAGGGCU